UUAAGGAUGUUAAAUAUAACUAAUUUAAUGAGUUAAUAUUUUAUGGUUAAUUACACUUUUCAUUAAUGACAAACUUCAUUACUUUCUUUCGAUUUAAGAAAAAUAUGUCUAUUUAUUAUAUUGAUUAUUGUAAUCAAAAUGUAGGCGAAUAUGUAAGACUUUUAGAAAAAUAUUUAAAUUUAGAUUUCGUCGUUAAUGAUAUUGAGAAGAAAUUAAAGAGAUCAUACAGAUUUAUUAAUAGCCCACUUAUUAGAAACAAUGCCCAUUUAACCAAUAAUGAUAUUGCAGAAUUAGCUAUUAUAGAAAAAGGAUCAAAGACAUAUACUGAUAUUCAUAAUGAUGAAUUGGAAAUUCUUGAAAAUAUUAAAGUUUUUAAGAUGAAACAAAAAUGUGUUGAAAACUAUAAUAAAAAUCCAUUGCAUUAUCAAAAGUUUAAAUAUUACAGCUUUGAUAUAAUAUCAUGUAAUGAUAAUAGUAGGUUUCAAGAUAAUGCUUUAAAUUUUUCAAAUUCAUUAAAAUUUCCACAGAAACUCAAAAAUAAUUCAUCAGACAAUAUAACAAAAAUUAAAGAUCUUCCAUUACAUUCCUCAGAUCUUUCAACUCAUGACUUAAGAAAAACUAUAUUUACUAUUAUAGCUCAAAAAGAAAUAUAUAAAAAUUAUAAAGUGCUGAAAAUUAACAAGGAUAUUAAUAUGCAAUUUCUCAAAAAAGUUGCAAAAUCAUGUUGUGAACAACGUGAAAGCACCUUGGCGGUGGACGAAAGAUGAACAAAAUUCCUUCGAUGAGGUUAAGAAAUUAUUGUCAUCCGAGGAAACGUUAAUUCCUUAUAACGCGCAUUUGCCUAUAAUUUUGGAAUGCGACGCAUCUGAUUCAGGAUUAGGGGCUGUGUUGUUACAUCAAUUAGUAGACGGAAGGACAAAACCUAUUUCGUUCGCAUCACGUACUUUAUUAGAAUCAGAGAAACACUACGCUUCUAUUGAUAAAGAAGCUCGAGCACUUUUAUUUGGUAUUGAAAAAAAUUCAUUCAUUUAUUUAUGGUAGAAAAUUUUUACUUCGAACUGAUCAUAAACCAUUAGAGCGAUUAUUUGGAGAGAAACGCGAUUUACCUAAAAUUUCUAAUAAUCGUUUGACACGAUGGGCCUAUAAGAUGGCUUCUUAUGAUUUUAAACAUGCUUUGAAUAUUUGAAGUAUUAAUUUGGAUGAUAUGCAAUUGUCAAUAUUAUACGAAAGAGUCGAAGUAAGAUUUAAUAUUAA